AUGAUCAGCAGGUUAAUUCUAAAUCUAAUGAUGGUACAGAGUAUAAUUACAAGAAUAUCUGUGAAAGAUAUAAAGAAAACACAGGAAGCUUUUUUUGGUCCAGCGCAGGAUGUAAUUAUUAACCCAGAGGGGCCUUUGAAUCUGCUGCAUGGAUAUAUUGGCAUUCGGAAUGGGUAUAUGUAUAACAAACGUUUUUAUUCCUUUGAGAUAGAAACUGACUAUAAGUUGUCUAAAAAAGAAACACCCAGCACAAGCACACAAGAGUACAGCUUUAUAAGAACACCAGUAAAUGAUAAGAUAUACAAAGAACUAGACACAGAAAGUCCUACAGGAAAGUAUCUUAGCACGUAUCAUGCACAGCUCAUAAAGAUGUUUCCGUCAGUAGAUGGAAGUCUUUCCAUUGAGACAGGCAGGCCAAAUUCACUUACAAACUUCCUAAGAGCAGAUCAUGUUAAGAAGGAUGCUAAGUACAUUCUUGCAGGUCUGCUGCUUCUUUCAGAGGGCGUUGAUGUUAAAAUAAAUGUAGACCAUACAGAAAAGAAAAAGAAGCUUGUUAUAAAAAGUAAGGCAUGCGAAGAGAAAGAGUUUAUAAAUGUGGAAAUGUACACAGCUAGCAUUGAUUCAUCUACAAAUAAGCAAAGUAACAGUGUCUACCAAGGCGAGACUGCUGAAAUUGUCAACUUCUACAUAAGGUGCAGAGACAAUCCGCUGCUAAAGAGAGGGCGCCAAUUUGCAAUGCCAACUACCAGAGAAGAAUUUGAGAACGGUUUGUUUCUUAAUAGCGCAGGUUUUCUUAUACAGACAUACAUAUACGAGUUUAUUGACACAGCAGAGGACUACAUGGACUUUGUGAAUGCAGUGCAUGAAUUACUGAUUGAUCAAGUAGUUGAAAAGGAGAAUUCAGAGCAGACGAAGAAGAAGGGUAAAAAGGGCAGAAUAUUUGAUGAGCUUUUCCUAGCGAAAGAUGCACUUAGUGAAAAUAUAAAGUACAUUGAAUCAUUCUGUAACCUUGUGAAGGCCACGAAUGAAGAAGCUAGAUUUCCUUUUUAUAACUCUAGUCAGCUGCCGCAGUUUACUAGAAUACCGCAAUGUAAGGAGGACAAAUCUGGAUUUGUGCAGGAUCGAUCUCUAUACUAUAGCAACUGCGUAGAAUCAGCUCUUCUUGGAUUAUUCUGCUGCAUGGCAUAUAAUCCAGAGACGGGAAAAUAUGAAGUCAACCACAUGGGAAAGGAAAUAAGUGAUGAGCUAAAAAAGUUCUUUGAAGACUAUCCUAAGCCAACAGAAACCACGGACUUUGAAAUGCACAAAAGGUGGAGUACGGUUGUUGCUUGCUUAGAGAAUGACAAGAUUGACUAUGUGUGUAACAGGAAUGAACUUCUCUCUGGGGUUGUAAAUAUAUUUCUUACUAUUUCAGAAAUAACAGGACAAAAGAAAGACAUACUGAAGUUAGUUGAAUAUAUAGAGAAUGCCUGCAUGGAUGGAAAAUUAGAUACUAUACAGGAGUUUUAUAUUAUGAACGAGAUAGAAUCAAUUAUUAAAUCCUUGUCGCAGAACAAGAAUGUGGAAGUAGAGUGCGAUCAGAUGGUUCUUGGGCAGAGGUCAAAUGACAAAGCUGAUCUUCUGGCCGAAAUUAAAAUUACGUAUACUUUUAAUAAUGCCAAAAAUGGAAUUUCUUUAGAAGUAGAAAACGGGCAUACCACUCUUGCUCUUCUUCUACUUUCACGGGGUGAUUCCGCGCAUCUAGAAAGAGUGUAUGAAGAAGUAAGAAAUACUUAUGCUAGUAUGGACAGUUAUAUAGGGUAUAUUACAAAUCAGUACAUUGCUGCUGAAUUAAAUGCUUUAAAAACCAAAAGCUACAUCCUUUUAGUGGAUCUUAUGAAUAGUAUAGAUACAAUGCUAAGCACUAAGUCUACCAACAUACAUAAAAUAUUCUUGUUAGGAAAGCUUUCCAGCACUGACUUCAAGACCUAUAUUAUAGAGCGCUUUAUAGUAUUUACUAUAGACUUCGAGCUAGGCCCAACCAAUCCUGCAAUACUCUUCACUGCAAACAUUUUGGGAAGUGUUCCGCUCAAUGACGCUACGACUCGGUAUAAUAUGAUGCGAUACUUCCCUGUUCAUGCAAAAUGGCAGAAAUACUAUCCAAAACUUGGAUUUAAGCCUUAUGAGCAUCUUUCUAAAAAAGAAAUUAAUUGCAUUAACAUGGCAAGUCUUAAUUUUUAUAAUACACUACUAUCGUGGCCAGCAUCCACUACAACUAAAGCUAUAUGCAACUAUCUUAAAGCAACUAUGCAUACUAGCAGUGAAAUGCAUUAUCUACUGAUAUAUUUCAUAGCCUCAAAGCCUGCAUUUGAUCAUUUGGCGCCUGCUAGGGUAGCAAAUAACUUAGUGAAAAUUCAAUCGACUCUUGAAGAAACUAAAAGCCCUAACGAAGAGAAAAAUAUUAACUUUGUAUACAUAUUAUGGUUUAUCCACAUGUGCAGAACUGGCCGUGACUUCCCGCCAAAGUUUAUUAAGACAGUCUACAGCUUUAUAUUAUUUGAUCAUAUGCUGAAUGUGAAUGGGUUUAAAACUCUUGAGAUAUCUGAUGAAGAGUUCAAAAAUUGUGUAAGUUUUUUACAAGAAAAUAAAACUCUUUUCUGCUCAAAGAAUGACAGAAGAAGUAUAGAAAACUAUGAUACAUUGGUGUCAUAUUUUAGAACGGAAAAUGAUGAAGGCUUAUAUGGAAAUAUAGUCGAAAUCUAG